AUGUCUAUUUUGAUCCUCUCUCUACUUCUUUUUGCCACUUCUUUCUAUGUUUCCGCCCAAAAUCUAACUGCUUACGAGGUUCUCCAAAAGAACAGGUUACCACGAGGAAUACUACCUGAAGGCAUCGUCGACUACGACCUAAACCCAAAAACCGGCUUUUUCAAAGUCUAUUUCAACAACACGUGUCAGUUCCCCGUGGACGCAUUCAAGGUCAAGUACGAACCCACAGUGUCCGGCUUCAUAAGAAACGGACGGGUGACGAGACUGAUAGGCGUAAGCGUCAAAGUUGUUUACGUUUGGCUCAACAUCGGCGAGGUGUCUCGUGAGGGCGACGAACUCGAAUUUUACGUUGGUGCUGCUUCGGAGGAAUUCCCGGUGCAUCGUUUCGAGAAUAGCCCACAGUGUGGUUGUGGGUUUUACUGUCGUGAGCUUAUCUAUUCCUCUUGA